CAUGGCGGAGUGGGGCCGAGGGCAGAGUCCAGGCGCCGUGGAGGAUGUGCUAGAUGUAGAGAACAAGCGUAUGGCAGACAGCCUGGCCAGCAAGGUCACCAGGCUGAAGUCGCUGGCUCUGGAUAUUGACAAAGAUGCUGAGGAGCAGAACCGGUACCUGGAUGGCAUGGACUCCGACUUGCUGAGCGUGACCGGGCUGCUCAGCGGCAGCCUGAAGCGCUUCUCCGGCAUGGCUCGCUCUGGGAGGGACAACCGCAAGCUGCUCUGCUCCGUCUCAGCAGGACUGAUCCUUCUGUUCUUCAUCCUCUACUAUUUGGUGUCCAGAGCAGGCACCUGAGCUCAGGCUGCUGCAGGAUUUACAGAACAAAACCACAGCCGUGGAGGGUCUUGUUCAGCUCCUUCCUCAGUGGAGUCUUUGGUCUGUUCCAGACCUUCCAAGUAACUUUUCCUUCCACCAGCUUCCUGUCCUCGUUCUGGCUGGUCUCAGACACCUCUUUAUAAAGCAACUGCUGGACUCCAAAGGCAUUGUCAUGUGUAACCCAUUCUGAUGUUAAUGCCUGCACCUGUUGCCUUGCCCUCCAUGUCUUGUGGCCUGUUUUGAAGGGCCACUUUUGUGUCACCUCCCUACUGACGCUUGGAACUGGGCUUGUGAGGAGACCUGGCUGACAAAUCCAGAUCCCUGUGGUCACUUGAACUUUGAAGCUGCAGAGUUUAGGGUGUUGGUUUAUGACAUGAGGAAGAUUUGCUGUCGCUUACAUUCCAGUGUGGCCGCUCAGAUGAUUCCUGGCUUCAGUUUCCCCUUGACUUGGAAACUUCUUCCUAUCUGUUGUGUCCCUGGGCUGAAAUGAAACCUGAAUUGCUUGGAAAUAAAGUUAACACGAGAGCUGGAGCCCAAC